CCUCAAGGUAACUUGACUGGUCACGAAAUCAAACCUGUCGAUUGCAUGUCCCUUUAAUGGAAUCUUUGUGUGGGACUAUAGAUCCUAGUCCAUGGCAUGAUGGAGUUGUUGGCGCUUGCUGGUUUGAAGUAUAUGUUUAUAUUCCUGUAACUUUGUUGUGUAUAUUCAUUUCAAUAAUUUAUUGUACCGUCCUAUGGAGGAACUUGUCAUUUGACAAUUUUUAUUGUUCAGCGUUUUACUUCCGAGUGGCUGUGGAUAUCACAAUCAUUACUAGCAGUAGUGUGCUUGUUGUUCUCGGAUUCCUCCUACCGUAUUAUGAAGAGGGGUUCUCGAUUAAUUCCCGUUUUACUGCAGUUCACAAUUUCAUGGCAGUAAUAUUCUGGAUUACAACACUAAUUUUUGAUUAUCUCCAUGGUAAAGCUUUAAAAUAUUCUUCUAGAGGCCCUUGGAUUCACCUUUCUUUCUUGAUGGUUUACUUUUUUUGUUCCGCAAUAAUUUGUUGGUCUUUUAGAACGGGAGUAGAUGUGUUGUGGAGGCCUUAUGUUGUUGUUAACUGCUAUAUUCAAUUAGUACUGUUAAGCCUUCAUUUAUUGUCCAAAGUUCCAGUUUUCUAUCCCUCAGAAGAGCCUAGGCGCAGAAGUGCUCGGAUUUUAAGACAAAAUUUAAAUAGUAUCCAGGUAUCUACAAGUUACCAUUCAAAUGAAAUCGCACGCAGACCCACUUCAGAAAACGCUAUAAAAGGUGAAGAUUCGGCCUCAUUUUUUUCAAAAAUGUGUUUCUGCUGGGUAAGCAAACUGGUUCGUAAUGGUUAUUAUGGAGAAUUGUAUUCACUUCAAAAUCUACCUUUAAUCCCUAAGCACCUGAAUGCAUACACUUUGGAGUCAAAAGUUCCUAAAUUAAAGUUGCAGUCUGUAACUACUGAUGAACCAGCUGGGAAACCUCGUAAUAUUUCUGAUGAUAAGUGUUCGAUCAAAGCCUGUCUUCCAUUUUUAAAAGCAAGUUAUUCAGCGUUUGGUCAUGAAUUUCUGUUUCUUGGUUUGCUGAAACUCUUACUUAGUGGCUUUGGUUUAUGUGGUCCAGUAGUUUUAAAUCAAUUUAUUCUGAGCGUGACAAAUUCUGAAAUUCCUUUCUGGUCUUGUAUUCUUGUCGGAUUUGGACUAGUACUUUUGUCACUAAAGAUAGCAGUUUUGAGCACAUCUUAUAAUUACAGAAUGGCAAUUUUCGGCUUCAAGGUUAGAGUCAGUGUAACUGGAAUGGUUUAUAGAAAAAUUCUAUCCCUCAGGACUUCGUCACUUAAUUCUGUUGGAACAGGAAGUUUGGUUAACUACCUAACCUCUGACGCUGAUAGAAUAGUCAAUUUCGCACCUAGUGUUCACGAAGUGUGGGCAAUGCCUCUCCAGCUAUCUGUCGCAGUCGGACUACUCUACCAUCAACUUGGGAUUGCCUGUUUAGUAGGAAUUGGGUUUCUGCUUGUGUUACUCCCAGUUAACCGUGUUUUGGCAGCACAAAUAGGAAAGUUUAGUCGUCGUUUGAUGGUAUUUAAAGAUGCACGAAUCAAGUUGAUGUCUGAAAUCCUAUCAAAUACACUCUCUGUAAAGCUAGCCUGUUGGGAGAAUCUAAUGAGAAAUCGUGUCGUGCAUUCUCGCAUUCAGGAACUGAAAGCCCUACGUGGUCAAAAGUUGCUGGAUGCUUGUUGUGUGUUCUUCUGGGCUGUCUGUCCUGCGCUCUUAGCUAGUUCAACAUUUGCAACUUAUGUGGCUGUCGGUAACGAACUGAAGGUUUCUGUGGUAUUCUCUAGUCUUGCACUGUUUGGAAUGUUGAUUGGUCCAAUGAAUGCAUUCCCUUGGGUUAUCAAUGGUGUUAUGGAGGCAGCUAUAUCUAUGCAACGCAUUACAAAACUUUUCUAUUUAUCACCUGGUUCAUUUCCAUUAGAAUUGACUGACACUCCACUUUCUAACAUUGGAACACCAACAGAUAUUCCGAUUGUUUGUUCUUUUGCCGAAAAAUCUACAAUCAGUAUGCCAAUAAAUAUCAUGAAUGAGUCAUUCUAUUAUACUGACUCUGAUAAUUUAGUUUUAAAAAAUAUAAUUCUUCAAGUGCAAUGGGGAGAAUUAAUUGGUGUUAUUGGACCAGUUGGUUCUGGAAAAUCUUCUUUACUUUUAAGUAUAUUGGAUGAACUGCAAUCAAUUGUUCCAGAAAACGAACUUGGAAACGAAGUCAUGAAGACUAAUCCACGACUUCGAUAUGCUUAUGUAGGACAAACUCCUUGGCUUCAUUCUGGAACCAUACGGGAAAAUAUUUUGUUUGGUUCUGACUGUGACUUGACAUGGAUGAAUACUGUGAUUGAAGCAUGUGCCUUAAAAUCUGAUCUAAUUAAGCUUCCUAAUGGUUUAGAUACAGACGUUGGCGAAGCUGGUGGAAGCAGUCUUAGUGGAGGUCAACGUGCUCGUGUCGCUCUUGCUCGAGCUGUUUAUCAAAAAGCCGAUGUUUAUCUUUUAGAUGACCCGUUAUCUGCACUUGACGUUGAUGUUGGUCAACAUAUUAUCAGCAAUUGUUUAUUUGGUCUUCUAUCAGGAAGAACUAGAAUUAUCGUCACCCAUCAGUUGGAUUGGUUAAUGAACAGUAAAACUUCAAAUAAACGUACUCAAGUAGAUUUUAUUGUUGAGUUAAAAGAUGGAAUAAUCACUCGAAAAAUUCCAGGUAAUCUUUACUCUGACAAUAAUGGUAAUGACCUUGUGGAUCAAUCUACUUUUAAUGUCAAUAAAUAUUCUACUCAUGAGGAAUCUACAUUGUCCAGUGAUAAUCAUAAUGGUAAUGAAAAAAAUGAUAAUGAAAACGAUGAUGUUCCAUUAAUUACCAAUAAAGAUGAAAACAAUGCCAAUCAAUUCGAAUUCAAUCCGGUCAAUGUAAUCAACAACAAUAACAAUAAUAAUAAUGUGAACAUGAAUAUCGAACAUAUGGCAAUCGGUUCCAUUAGUCCUCAUGUCUACAUAUCAUAUAUUCGUUCUGUUGGCUAUAUUUUGACAUUCUGCAUUAUUCUGUCUUUAGUGUUAAUGCAAGGUACUCGAAAUGCAUCUGAUUGGUGGUUAUCACACUGGGUACAAAAUGGAAAUGUAACAGCAGCAGUAUCAUCAUUCCAAGACUCAUCUUACGAAACUAAAUUAUUCCCGGUUCAUUAUAUGAAAUAUGAGGAUUUAAACUCAACGUAUGAUUUAUCACCAACUAAUUACAAUUCAUCCAUUAAUGAGAUGCUUCAAACAAGCACACAUUCUGUUGUACAAUUUGGUGAGCCGAAUUCUACCACUGGAUACCAUUUUUUAGAGAUCUAUGCAUUUAUAGUUACAAGUAAUCUGAUUGCUACAAUAUUUCGUGCCGUUUUAUUUGCUUUCGGUGGUCUAGUCGCUGCAUCUCUUGUCCAUGAAUCUGCUUUGAACACAAUUUUGGAGGGACGAUUGAACUAUUUUAAUACUACACCACUAGGUCGUAUUCUGAAUCGUUUUUCAUCUGACGUCGGUACUGUAGAUGAUGCAUUACCAUUCCAAUUAAAUAUUCUACUAGCCAGUUUAGCUGGUUUAUUAGGUGCAUUGGUUAUUGUUUGUGCAUCAUUACCAACGUUAAUUUUCUUUCUACUACCGCUUGUAUUUAUUUUCUGGUCUAUUCAAAGACAAUAUCGUGGAGCUGCUAGAGAUCUUAAACGAAUUUCUAGUAUUGUACGUUCACCAGUCUAUGCUCAUUAUACUGAUACUUUAUCUGGAUUAGCGGUAAUACGUGGUUUAGGCCAAGAAAUCCGUUUUCGACAAUUAACAGCAUUUAAUUUAUCUAAUCAAAUUCGUGCUGAGUUAGCUAGCUUGGCUGCUAGUUGUUGGUUGAGUAUUAGACUACAAUUGAUUGGUAGUACUGUAAUUAUUGGUGUAGUCAGUGUAUCAUUAGUUGGUCGACUAUUUGACUGGAUACAAGUUGCUUCUGUUGGUUUGUCAGUUGUGUACGCUCUUAAUAUUUCUGGUUUAAUGACUAGCGUUGUGUAUGAUAUGACUGAAACAGAAAAAAAUCUUGUCGCUGUAGAACGUUGUCAAGAAUUAACUGAUGAUACUCCAAUUGAAUAUGAUACUGUAUCGACUAAACCUAUGGCGCCUCAACCUCGUUCAUCGUCACACAAACACCUUCGUUUACCGAAAGAGAGGAAAAAAGGUAUUGCUUACCCUACCGAACUGCCGCCUGAUUGGCCAGCAUCUGGAUCUAUUUGUUUCAGUAAUAUUUCGCUUACCUAUCGUCAAAAUUCCCAGUCAACUAAUGGGCAAUCUGUCAAAGCUCUUGAUGAAGUCAGUUUCACUAUUAAACCAGGUGAAUGUGUAGGAAUUGUUGGCCGUACAGGAUCUGGUAAAAGUAGUCUUAUCAAAGUGUUAUUACGUCUGGUUGAUCACCUCCCUGGGCCUCAUACAAACCAACAUAUAGCUAAUCAAACGGGAUUUAUCGGUGCUACCGGUCAGGUGUUUGUCGAUGGAAUAGAUGUUCGCACUAUUCCUCUCAGUUUACUUCGUUCCCGAAUUUUAACUAUUUGCCAAGAACCAUUUCUUUUUUCUGGAUGUUUACGAGAAAAUCUAGAUCCUGAAAAUCAGCUAAAUGACUCUGUAUUAGAAGAAGUUCUAUUGAAAUGUCAACUGGCUACAAAUCAUCUACAAGCCUCUGAAUGGCUUCAUCGUGAAGUUGGUGAAUCAGGACGAGAUAUAUCCGCUGGACAAAGACAACUGAUUUGUUUAGCUAGAGCUUUACUUCGUCAACCUAAACCAAAGAUUAUUUGUUUAGAUGAAGCCACUGCUUCAAUUGACAAUACAUGUGAAGAAACUAUUCAUCAAGUUCUUGAUCAAGAAUUUCAAGGAGCCACAGUAUUACUCAUAGCUCAUCGACUUGCUUCAGUUCGUCGUUUAUGCUCACGUGUCAUAGUUAUGCGAUCUGGACGGUUAGUUGCAGAAGGUCCGACAGAAGAAACCUUAGCUACUGCAUUCAAUCAUACCGAAACUAGAGAUCUGAUCACUUUAUAAACAAUGAAAUCACCUUAUAGAUCUGAUUUGACAGCUGAUUAAAAUAUGCAUCACUGUUUUAUUAUUUUUAAUGAUAUACAUUUUACUUCUUUCUGAUUAACAUUGUAUUUUUGCUAAAUAUACAUAGGGAUUGUGUGAAAA